GCUCAUGUGAUUUAUCACAUGACUACAGAUCAGCCUGAAAGCCAAAAUGGGACUCCAAGCCGGCCUCCUAGGGCUCCUUGCUCUCAUCAUCGCCGGCAAAUGCACUUACAGCCCUGAGCCGAACCAGCGGUGGAUGCUGCCUCCAGGCUGGGUGUCCCUGGGCCGAGUGGAUCCCGAGGAAGAGCUGAGUCUCACUUUUGCGCUGAAACAGCAGAACCUGGAAAAACUCUCGGAGCUGGUGCAGGCUGUGUCGGAUCCUAGCUCUCCUCGAUAUGGAAAGUACCUAAGCCUCCAGGAUGUAGCUGAGCUGGUCCAACCAUCACCACUGACCCUCCGCACUGUCCAAAAGUGGCUCUUAGCAGCUGGAGCCCGAAACUGCCAGUCAGUGACCACCCAGGACUUUCUGACUUGCUGGCUGAGUGUCCGGCAGGCUGAGCUGCUGCUCCCCGGGGCUGAGUUUCAUCGCUAUGUAGGGGGACCUGCAAAGACCCAUGUUAUAAGGUCCCCACAUCCCUACCAGCUUCCCCAGGCCUUGGCCCCUCAUGUGGAUUUUGUGGGGGGGCUGCACCGUUUCCCCCCUUCAUCAUCUCUAAGACAACGUCCAGAACCACAAGGGGUAGAAACUGUUGGCCUGCACCUGGGAGUGACUCCGUCUGUGCUCCGUCAGCGAUACAACCUGACAGCCCAAGAUGUGGGCUCUGGCACCACCAACAAUAGCCAGGCCUGUGCCCAGUUCCUGGAACAGUACUUCCAUAACUCGGAUCUGACUGAGUUCAUGCGCCUGUUUGGUGGCAGUUUUGCACACCAGGCCUCGGUAGCAAAAGUGGUUGGAAAGCAGGGGCGAGGCCGAGCUGGGAUUGAGGCCAGUCUAGAUGUGGAAUACCUGAUGAGUGCUGGUGCCAAUAUCUCCACUUGGGUCUACAGUAGCCCUGGCCGCCAUGAGGCACAGGAGCCCUUCUUACAAUGGCUCCUGCUUCUUAGCAAUGAAUCAUCUUUGCCACAUGUACAUACUGUGAGUUAUGGAGAUGAUGAAGACUCCCUCAGCAGUGUCUAUAUCCAGAGAGUCAACACUGAGUUUAUGAAGGCUGCUGCUCGGGGCCUCACCCUCCUUUUUGCUUCAGGUGACUCUGGAGCUGGGUGUUGGUCUAUCUCUGGAAGACACAAGUUCCGUCCUAGUUUCCCUGCUUCUAGCCCCUAUGUCACUACAGUAGGAGGAACCUCCUUCAGGAAUCCCUUCCUCAUCACAAAUGAAGUAGUUGACUAUAUCAGUGGUGGAGGCUUCAGCAAUGUUUUCCCACAGCCUUCCUACCAGGAGGAAGCAGUAGCCCAGUUCUUGAAAUCCAGCUCUCAUCUACCGCCAUCUAGUUACUUCAAUGCUAGUGGCCGUGCCUACCCAGACGUUGCCGCGCUUUCUGAUGGCUACUGGGUGGUCAGCAACAUGGUCCCCGUUCCGUGGGUAUCUGGAACCUCGGCCUCUACUCCAGUGUUUGGGGGAAUUUUAUCCUUGAUAAAUGAGCACAGAAUCCUCAGUGGCCGCCCCCCUCUUGGCUUUCUCAAUCCCAGGCUCUAUCAGCAGCAUGGGGCAGGACUCUUUGAUGUAACCCACGGCUGCCAUGAGUCCUGUCUGAAUGAAGAAGUGGAAGGUCAGGGUUUCUGUUCUGGUCCUGGCUGGGAUCCUGUGACAGGUUGGGGAACUCCCAACUUCCCAGCCCUACUGAAGACCCUACUCCACCCUUGACUCUUCCCUGCCCUGACGAGAAAACAGAACUGUUUCUUGAACUAAAAGGGAAGGCUCAGUUUCUUGUUAUUCCUCGAUGGAAGCCCUGCUGAACUCUUGUUUUCUGCUGCAGAUAGCUUCUCCCUAACCCUCAGAUGCUGUGAGCAUUACUCGACUUCCAGUCCUACUGUGUGCCAUCAAACUCAGGUCUCCAAACUUCUACUUUGAGAUCCUCAACAAGAUGCUAUAACCAGCAUAUUUUGUCUCACCCCAACCCCAUCUCUUCCUCUUUCUAGCUUGAGAUGUGAAAGCAGGGUGAGAAGGUUCAGUCUUCCAUUACUGACACUAGCAGGCCCAUCCAAAGCUUGCUAUCUCUGCACUGACCAUAUGCCCUGUUUCUCUUCGAGUUUGCUUUUCUGUUCACUGAAAUGAGACCUUUGGCUAAUUGUUUAGUGUUUCUUCCUCUGGCACCAAAGUACAAUGGUCUCCCUGAUGUUUUAUCCAGUUACACACUUUUCAAAUUUGUUUUAUGGGCUUUCUUGUUUAAGAACAGGUUGGCAGCAAUCUAUAUAACUAUUCUAAGGAAAGAUGAAAACUUAAAAUGUUUUAAAUAUGUUCUCAUUGGCAAAAUUCCUCAACAAAAUAAAUAGGUCAUUACAAAUUUUGCUUUAAAUUUUUGCUUCAGUGAUUUUUUUUUUUUUGGUAAAUUGUUUUUAAAUUUACAUUUUAUUUUCCCCUUUUCAGCUACACUAAAGCAACUUUCAGGUUUUAAUUUCAACUGUCAGACAUUCACAAACAUCUAGCUUCUGUGAACCUGGGUGUUUGCUCUUUCCCUCAGUUUCCCAUUUCUCCCUUUUCCUCAGUGACCUCACUAAUUGGCCUCCUUUCUGCUAACUCUGGGGAUGCUGGUGUUCAUUGUUCCAUUCUUAGGUUUUUGCUCUUAUUUUAUUUUCAUCCCUUGACAAAUCACUGACAUCUAUACCCACAGUGAUUGAUACUUCAAAUGUGAGAUACCUCAUUACUUCAUCUCCCCAUCCCAGACCUAAACUAUUUUGUCUCUUAGUCUAUGAUAUAAUGCCUCUUUCAAACAAGCCAGAAAUCUGUAACUUUUAACUAUUUUUUUACCUCCUUACUAACUUAAGUUUUAUUGACUACCUCUCAAGUAUUAAGUAUAUCUUUUUUAUUUUUCUUUGAGGCAGGGUUUCUCAGUAUAGCCCUGGCUGUUCUGUGACUCACUCUGUAUAUGAGGCUGGCCUUGACCUCAGAAAUCCACCUGCCUCUGCCUCCCAAGUGCUGGGAUUAAAGGCGUGCAGCACCACUGCCCAGCUUCAAGUAUAUCUUUAUCAACUAGUGUGGUGCUGCUCACCUUUAAUCCCAGCACUCAGGAGGCAGAGGCAGGCAAGCCUCUAUGAGUUUGAGGCCAUCCUGAUCUAUAUAAAGAGUUCCUGGCAAACCAGGCCUACAUAGUGAGACCAUGUCUCAAAAAUACACACAUGUGCACAAAAUACUGCAUUACCUUUGAACCCAUGUUCUUUUUCCUCUAACCUGCAGGAAGCACUUGGGUAGAGGAGAGGCUUCUAAAGCCCCUCAACAUCCUUGACCAUGGGUAAGUCAUCUUCCAAAUCAAGCAGUAUAUUUGUGCAAACCUUUCAAAGAUUACUGGGUAAAAGUCAGGGACAUUGAACCUGCCUUCAGAAUCGGGAAAUAAACAUUGCUAAUGUCUGACACUUGGAAUUAAGCAGCUAAUGUUAGUUCCCUUUUGUUCCUUGCAUUGCACCUACAUGUAGCUGGGAAACAACCAUACAGUAUUGAAAUCGUCAGUUUGUUCGCCUUCCUUUUCCAGAUGGUUGCUGCUAGUGAACUAGAAUCUGAUUCUUAACUUUGCAUUCCUGGGUCCCAGCCCAGUAGUUGGCAAGUAGAAAUUAAAUAAAUGUUGAAUUGCAAAUGUGCUUCA